AUGUCUUUCUACAAACCCGAGGAAAAGAUCUUUCACAAUGACGGCCGCGAACAAGCCCUUCUCGAAUACAUCCAAUCUCACCCUUCCUAUGACGAGAUGCAUGGAAACCCAGAAAGGAUCCUCGCUGCGAUCGACGAAUUUGGCCGGGAAAAGGACUUCCUGAUGAAUGUUGGCCAAAGCAAAGGGGCUAUCGUCGUGAAGAUGAUCACGGACCGCAACCCCCGAAUCAUGGUUGAACUGGGGGGAUACGUCGGGUACUCCGCCAUCCUUUUUGGCAAUGCACUCAGGAAAGCCGGUGGUCAAAAGUUCAUCAGUCUGGAGGUGAGUCCCGUCUUUGCGGACAUCUCGGACACUCUGAUCAGGCUGGCCGGUUUGGAGGAUAUUGUGGAGAUCAUAGUAGGGCCUUGCCGGGAGUCGUUGCGUGCACUCAGGGAGGUCUAUCCCAAUAGAAGGCUGGACAUGAUCUUCUUUGACCACAGGAAGGUUCAAUAUGUAAAUGACUUGAAAUUGUGCGAGGAGUUGAGACUGGUGGCUCCUGGAACGACCGUGUUGGCGGAUAACGUGAUCUCUCCUGGAAAUCCAGCGUAUCUGGAGUAUGUUCGGUUUUCUACGAAGAAGAAGGCUGAACAUGCUAGAUUACAAAGCUCUGAAGGUGAUCAGUUGGAGGAUCUCUCCACUGGAGAUCCUUUCCUGGUCUAUGAUACUCUGACUGUGCGUGGCUUGGAGGUUACUGGUGUGCCGGAUGCUGUCGAGGUGUCAUACUGCCUGGGAUUUGAUUUUCCAUGA